AUGAGUGUUAAACAAAUGCCAAAAGCACUCAAUCAAUCGACAGACGAUUUGAUGCUUUAUCUUAAUAACACUCAACUCGAAGUGAAUACACUUUUGCGAACAAAUUUCGAUCAAUUGGAACACGAAUUGAGUGAUAGUCUCGAUAAAAGUGGUUUAAUUGUCAAAAACAGAAUCGCUAUCCUCUCAGAAGCGGCCGCUUUAGACAAUUUGACAGAUAUUGUCUCCAAGUUGGGAUCUGUUUUGGAAGAUCUGAAGACUCUAUCGGGCGAAACGACUGAACUCCGAUUACUGACCGUUCAGUUGCAGUCAAGACUCUCUAGAAUUAAAGAAGAUUUGGAUAAGUUUCUGCAGCAAUGCAGAGACAGAGUGUGCACUGAAUUGAAAUUCAAAUACAAUAGAGUAAUGGAGUCGUUCUCAGUGUCCACUCGGAUCGACGAUUUGCCCGAUUUGUCGCCAUUAAUGCAAAAUAUAUCUAAUUUACUGAACGCUAAUAUAGUUAAUGAAAUUAGGAAAGGAAAGGAGGCUUUCGAUGAAAUUAGUUUCAAAAUCCAAGCGACUGUUAAUCACACGAUUCCCGACAUUAAGAAACAGAUUAGAGCCGUAGGUUUGGAUUUGGGUUUAGUGGCCGACGAUAUUAACCAAGUGUUGAGACGACCGUUCGCUGAUUUGGCUAAAGUUAAAUCCAAUGUCUAUACGGGACAGACUUAUAUCGAGAAAUACGAGAUCUAUCGAUGGUACGCCUGUUUGGCCGGCGCUUCCAUACUAUCCCUAAUACUCAUUCUCUAUUCAUUUGGAUUGUUAUGCGGUGUCUGUAAUCAACAGCCGACUCGUCAUAACUAUAAGUGGCGUUCAAAGUCUUCGUCGCGUUUCUUCUGUUGUGGAAUUGUUUUAGUGGUCUUAUUGUUCUUC